AUGAGACGCAAUCUUCCAUCCACAUACGGCUUCAUCAAACGAUGCAUGGCAACGUCCUCCUCAAACUCGCCAACAUCCAUCAAAGUUCCUAAUGCAAAUCCACUGAAAUCAUGGGAAAGUGGCGCGCGGAUGGUUAAAAAUCCAAAAAUAAAGAAUGAAUAUAUGGAACAUAUUCGAGACAUUCACGAUCCUUCCUUGCAUCUGAAAACCAUUGAAGAUGAGCUCAAGGGUACUAUCGGCAGGGCAUUGGGAAAACAGGCACAAAAGAUUGUGGCAGCCUGGAGGCAAAUGAAUGACGAGUACAAUAAGUACGAAGCGUUGUUGGAAGACGAAGAAAAGGGUUACGAUAUGACGUCUCCAGAGGUAGUGGAGAUUGCCAAAAAGUACAACUUUUAUCGAAAACAAGCGCACCACUAUAGGUGGGAAUUGAUUGUGCAUCGACAAGCAGUUGGAUUUACAGUUGGAAAUCACAAGUAUGUCAUGGAGAAGUUCCCUAUCGGGGAGCCGCUUUAUGAACCACCCGAAGGAGAUGAAGACAAUGAUGCCAUGGAGAAGGAGAACAAGAAUAAAAAGGAACCGAAAAAAUUUGGAGAUCAACUGGAUUGGUGGCAGACAAUAGGCCGUUGGAAAUAG